AUGGAUCAUAGCGAUAGCACGAGGACAGAAGGCAGACCAGAUGCGGAACAACUGGUCGUGGGUGGACAGAAAUCUGAGCCUGCUACCGGCACCGGGUUCAUACAGCGUUUUGCGGAGCACAAAAUAAAGAAGAAAAAACUAAACGAACACGAAGGGACGUUGACCACGGGAAGAUCCGCGAGCUCUGCCAAAAAGAACACGGUCAGCCAUCCUCCGGGUCAGGGGGUACUACACGCAGAUGAACCCUCUUCCUCCUGCUGCGCCGGCGAGGAAGAGCUUGGGAACCAGGGUAUACCGACACGCCUGGAGAAGCAGGACGCAAAUGGAACAACUUCUUCGGCGGGGCAGGGAGAUAAAGGACAGCUACAAGGCACCCCAACAUCGACUCAACAAACCGGUUCAGAUUCUACCUCAAGUAACCUCGACGAAUCGAAAUUUGACUGGGAAACGAUGAUGGGAACCAGUGCGGCCAAUCAACAAGGGUCUGACCUUGGCAUCAGCAUCACCGCGGAUCAAGCCAUAGCCACGCCAUGGCACGAGUUGAAUAACAGACUCGGGGGUGAUGCCAGUGACGGUUACGCGACCGGGGCUCUUGACUGCGACAAAUCGGCGUGGACAACGCAAAUUCCGGCUGUGGACUACUUUCUGGGGGACUUGUGCAAAGUCGACCUAGAUCCGAACGUCGAAUCGCAGAGCGUGGAUGACAUGAAAGACGUCAAUCAGAAAAACUUCGAGCAGCUCGACGACAAAGGGGAGCCAAUCUUGACAGAAGCUUACAUCGACGAACAGGCAGCCUUGUGCAAAACAUACUACGACGAAAUCGACAUUGUCAGAAGGCAGCUCAUGGUGAUGCAGCAGCACGCUUACGUGAGAAGUGACACGCACAGCAUCGAGGAUGUGGACCGAAUGAAGUGGGACUUUAUCCUUUACGAAACCGAGGCGGACAUAUCCAGGAAAAAAACAUGAUUGUUAGUGGAACUUCUUUGUGAUGCGCAACACGCAAGAUGAUUGCGUCGGUCUGUGGUCAUUCUGGACAUGCGUUGCAAGGUCCAUUCAAGCGCGUUUUGACAUGGUCAUAUGUGCGCAUGACAGCUUUGGGUUUUUGCUCUCAUGCCACAGGACAGAUUUGUAGUUGCUGUUCCUCCAAAAAAAGUUACUCCUAUAAUAAAUCCUUUUUGCUUGGAUAGGACGAUACCCAAGAUGGCUACCAGGGAGUUGCACAACCGCCGAGACUUCGUCACCCGCCGAACUUGAGACACUUUGUGGAGAACUACCUUUUCACGAUCGACAAAACCACAUCCUGGCUGUGGACGGAUCCAGUGGACAGCAUGAACAAGGCCACCUUAUGCAUUGCAAAAGUAUCGUACUAGGAUAACUUGCAUUACAAAUUGACUUAGCAUUUUUACAAAUUGAAUUUGUAAUGCGGAUUUUCCUUAAGAAAAAGAUUUGUAAUGGAUAAACGCAAUCAGUACGAGUACGAUACUUUUGCACAGGAUGCACCUCGGUCCCGAACAACCGGGAAUUCAUGUACAUGUGCAAAUACAUCUGCGACAAAAUGCCAGACUAUGGAAACGUCAGGAUUGAAAUCCUCAAAGUUGAAAGAGCUUGUGAUGCAUAAAACGGAUGCCAAUUGACGCCCAUUUUCCAAGUGGCGCAUGACAAAUUUGGGUAGAACAUAAAUCCAGUUUGUCAUGCUGUUUGGGUAAGGGCGGCGCCUUUUGUCAUGCUACUUUAGGAGCUCUAUUUUUACACGUCAGCAGGCUUACAAUCUGCCUCCCUAGCGUCCUCCGCAAUAGAGACAGUUUUUGCGUUCUUGCAUUUUUAUGCAUGGCAAAUCAUUUCAACUUUGUCGAUUUCAAUCCUGACACAUCCAUACAGACUGCGUGCUGUUUACCUACGGCACAACCGAUGGGACUGUUUUUACGGCCGAUGAGCGGCCCUACGUGUCCGGUUGGUGCUGGCCAAAAGGCGGCAAGGUGGGAGGGGCAACCCGGACGGAAGGGAAACCCGGACUGUACUCGGCGGCGUGCAAGUCGCGGGCCUGUAACACGGCAACCUUGGGGGACGACUCGCAAUUCUCUCGCUCCUCGUCUUUUCUGGAAAGAAACAAUCGCUUCGUCUUUCCAAUGUCGUCUGCCGUCGGCUCGUUGCACCUCGUUCCUUCUAGUGCGACAAAAAACACGGCGGGCAACAGCAAUGGCAGCAAGUUUUUCGAUAUUAACAAGCAGCUGCUCCGCGACCGGCUUCUUGGCCUGCACCAGCGUAGGGCUGUUCAACAUCCUCUCUCUUCAUCUAGGAAUGAGGAAAGAGCGGAAUCUACCAGUACAAGUAGUACUGCAAACAACAAAGGUCAUCAAGUUGUUUCGCAAGCAGGCACACAGAUGAUGUUGGACGAUCUUCAUCAUGAUCAGCAGCAGUUUUUGCAAAUGGACCGCCGGUUGUCGAGGUUGGACCACCUGUAUCACAGCAAGGAACAGCAGCAGCAGUUGUCUAAGAUGAACCACACAAGAACUACCGGUCGAGCACAACUAGAUCUAGAGCUGCGUGUUGAAUUAGAACAACAGCGUCGUGCUUCCAUGGAUAUGUCCAUGACCCUGAAUUACGACAGCACCGGGCAGACCUACAUCUCGGAGUACGUGGGGCAAAGGAACAUGCUGGAAUUGAGUGGUGGUGCGGGAUAUGCAUUGCAAAAGUAAAGUACUAGUAGAAAUUGCAUUACAAAUUCUACUCGCAAGAAGAAAAGUAGACUUUGUAUUCUUGCUGUUGUACAUUCUUGGGAGGAAGAUUAUUUGUCAUGCAUAUUUGCAAUUAGAAUUAGUACGAGUGCGAUACUUUUGCACAGCAUACGGGAACAAACUUAACCCAGUGCGCGGAAAAAUACCCGGAGUUUUUUAACGCCUUUUUUCAGCCCGACGCCCCGAAGUGCACGGAGUGGGCAAAAUUCAUGGACACGGAUUUUUACCUGGGCGACCUGUGCGUGAUUGACCUGCGACACAUAUCAAAUGUAAAAAUGUCUGGGUCUGGAAGAGCCAUGCUGUUUUUGCAUGACACAGAAGGUCUGGCAUGGAAGCGCCAGCAUCACAGGUUUCGAGAAGCCUCCGCAAUGCCGAAUCCGCAUGACAAGUCCCCUAUUUUGCUGACAAAAAGUGGGCAGCUUUUGCUACGUAUGCAUGAGAGACUUUUCUGUGUUCUGAAAUACGCAUUACAAGUUGCAUUCUUCCAGACCCAGACAUUUUUACAUUUGAUAACACACUGAGGGGAACGACAUCGCUCACAAGCCGACGCAGGUGGAGAUGACGCAAAUACCGGUCGCGAAUUUCGACUCUGACCAAAUGUAUCAAAUGCAAGAGUGUCUGGGUCUGGAAGAUUGCCAGGUUUGUCAUGCACAUUUUGCAUGACUCCUGAUGUCUGUGAUGCAUGCCCUAGCGUCACAGAUUUUAUUGUGAGGGCUACCUGAUGCUUAUACCGCAUGACAAAUGCUCUUUCUGUGUAGCAAAACUUGGACUCUCUUUGCUGUUCAUGCAAUACAGAUUUUUUUGGAAUCCAAAAUCAGCAUGACAAGUUGGAUUCUUCCAGACCCAGACAUUUUUACAGUUGACCAAAUGGACGGAAAUCCGAUGAAGCCGGAAUUCGUCGAAAGCAUGGCCACGAAGUUACCAGGCAAAAAAGUGUUAACGUUAACGGUUCUGGGGCAUGAUUGCAGUCACGCAUGACAAAUCUUCGCUAUCGUGCAUGCUAUGCAAUACAGAUUUGGGCUUCAUUUUUCGUGCAUUCCUGCAUGCCAAAGUCCGUUAACGUUAACACUUUUUGGUGUGAUAGAAGUGUAUGCAGGCCUACGAGCUGGUCGACACCAUCCGCGAUACGCUUUGGGAGCAAGUCACUGAUGUGAGCGCAAAUUUGGACCAUGACAUGGUAAACAAACUGCAGAAAAACUACGGCUUUCCCGCGGUAGACCCGAACGACGCAGUGAACCAAGUGAACUCGAACCUCGUAAAUUACGACCAAAACGGCAACAUGGUGGCCAGCCCGAUUCCUCUGAUACACGAGCCGCACCAGUUUGCGUGGAUGUGUAUCGACAUUGCAAAAGUAUCGUUAUGGAAGCGUCAGGUUUGAAAUCGUCAAAGUUGAAAGAGUUACUAUUUAAACUGCAGCAAGCCAGAACUUUUGAAGCUUUGGGGUGUGUUCUGGGGUAUGCAAAGUGGGUCCAUACCAUCGCGAUUUGUAAUUUGCAGGCCACACCCCGAACACACCCCGGACACACCCCAGACACACCCCAGACACACCCCCGACACACUCCCCCGACAAGAACUGCUGAAGCUUUGGGGUGUGUUCUGGGGUAUGCAAAGUGGCUGCAUAGCAUCGCGAUUCGAAAUUUGCAAGACACACCCCGGACACACCCCAGACACACCCCAGACACACCCCAGACACACCCCAGACACACCCCCGACACACCCCCCCGACACACCCCCCCGACACACCCCCCCGGCACACCCGAGGCAGACCCCCGUCAAACACCCCCGGAAGACACCCCUGAAACACCCCAGACAAACCCCCGGCGCGCCCUCGACAGACUACCACAUCCAGAGCAGGCGGUUUUAAGACUAAAUAUCCAGAGCAGAGAUCACACCUGGAUCCGAAUCGAGUAAAUAUCCAGAGCGGGAUCAGGUAUCAGAUCUGAAGCAAUUGAGUGGCCUGACCGAUGUCAAGUAUCCAGAUCCGAAAGAAAUAAAAUCAGGGGGCCAAAUAUAUCCGGCGUGGAGAGUAGAACAAAGAAUCGAGGCCAGGCGCCCCCCUGGGACGGUGGGCCCGGGCGGUAUCAGCCGCGUGCGGGGCUGCGGUUUCGUGUGUUUCGCCAAACCGCACAGCCCGCGCCGGUACAGAGUAAAGGCCUCCCGGCUUCCCUUAUUUUCAUCUGAAGCGUCUACAGUUGGACUCGCGUUGAAUCUUGGCACAUGUUUGCCGGACUUCGCGCCAUUGUUUGACUUGAAUGGUAAAACUACUGACAAUCCACAUCGGGCAGCAAAGACAAAACGGAAAAAAAUGGCACAGGUUCGGAACUUGCUCAAAAAAGUUAGCUACAGGCCGCCCCGGCCUUGGGCUUUGGCCCUCCUGCUCCUCUGGGUGUCCGCCCGGCGCUCGGCUUCUGUUACCAUUGCCGGCAGCACGGGGCGGCGCGGCGUUUUGCCGCCGGUCGUGCUGUGCGCCGCCGCGGCCUCUUCUUCCUCUCCGGUCGCAUCAUCGGCAGCCCCUAGUGCGGGCGCGGCGCGGCUUUCGCCACCCCGGGCUUUGGCCCUCCUGCUCCUCUGGGUGUCCGCCCGGCGCUCGGCUUCCGUCAUCAUUGCCGGGAGCACGGGACGGCGCGGCGUUUUGCCGCCGUUCGUGUUUUGCGGCGCCGCAGCCUCCGUUGCCUCUCCGGCCGUAUCGUCCGCAGCCUGCGGCUGCAAUGGCGCGCCGCGGCUUUUCCCAAAAUCCUCGGGGUCAUUCGUCAGAAAGUCCCACGGAGUUAUCCGAAUCCGGUCCGGCUGCAAUAAUUUCGGCAGAACCGUAUUGCGGACGCGGGGCACCGUUUCGCCGACACUGUUCGCCCGGAGGUCGUGCGGAUCCACCAAGACCUGGACGGCCGCAGAAUAGGAGGCGCGGCUCAGGGCGACAUAGAGCUGGCCGCGGCUAAAGAUAUCGCCGCCCGCAACAUCGAGGACGAUGCGCGCGAGACUUUGGCCCUGCGAUUUGUGUAUCGUGUACGCGUAGGCCGGAAGCAGUUGGAACUGGAUGCGCUCGACCUGGAUGUCCCUGUGUGUAAAGGUGUGGCGCAUUCGCGGCAGGGCGAUGGCCACGCGGUCCAGGCGGGUCGCGUCGAUAUACUCGGCGGCCCGCUCUUCGGCGUCUGCGAUCAGGGGGCGGAGGUCUUCGACGCGCGCGACAUGGACAUGGUUCUUCUUUACAUUGUGCGCCAGCAGUAUGACUUUGGUAUACUUCGGGAGCUCCCGCGCGAGGUUUACCAUUACGAAGUAGACGGCGCCGGCCUUCAGAGUCAGCCGGCCCGGGGGAAUGCCACCCGUCUGCAGGUCGCUGAGAAAGUCCUCGCCCGUAAAGAGGCCCGCCCCAUACUCUUCGCCAUCGAUGCGCACGACAUUCGCCCCAUUGCUUGCCUCCGCUUCCCAGGGAAGCCGCUCGAGGAGCAUUUCGUUGAUUUCGGUCGUCCGGCUGUUGACGCUGCAAAGGUAAGCGCUUUCCGAAAGGCCGACCGCCAUCGACAGAAAAGACGCGCGCCGCACGUCCGCCGCCUUCCCUGCCGCGAAUGCGCGAAAACUCGGAAAGAGAAAACGCAGGGCCUCCUCCGGGUCGGUGGUGUAUGCCAGCCAUUUCGGCAGGAGCAAAAACUGCGCGCCCUGCCCGUCGCGCUCGUAAUGCUCUGACGUUGCGCGGUCGUGGCCGACGUCAUCGAGAAAGGCGGCAAAGCGCGGGUCGUCUUUUGCCCUCUGUGAUUCGGUGAGCUCCGGCACGCUCCGCAUAAACGAGUAAAGCGCGGAAGACUUGAAGCUCUUCUCGUACACCUCCGCGUCCGUGGUCCCCCCAACUACGACCGGGGGCAGUUGUUUGAAGUCGCCCGCAAGGAUGGUAAGCAUGCAACCGAAUGGCCCCGGGUUGCCGCGUACCUCCUUCAGCUUCCGCGAGAUGCCCUCGAGGUAGGCUCGAUUCUGCAUGAAAGCCUCGUCCAUUAUGAUCGCGCUCGCGGCGGCGAUUUCUUUCCAGGUCUGCGUCUGUUGACCCCACUCCAGGUCGACGCGGUCCGCUUCUGCGUCCAAAAUAGGAAGGCGGAAGAGUUUGCGCAUCGUGGUGGCGCCGUGGAGAACCCCGGCGGCGAUGCCAGUCGUUGCGCAGGUCAACACCUUUGCCCCAUGCCGUUGCUCCAUCUCAUUGGCGAAGGCGUUGCUGGUAAACGUUUUGCCGGCCCCGGCGCGCGCCUGCAAAGAAACGAGCCGGCCACGCUUGGGGUCACACUCCCCCAGCAUUUCCCGCUCCAGCCAAUCAAAGGCCUCCUGCUGUCCUGGCUUCAGCUGGUCGUAGGUCGGCGGCUCCUUUUCCUCCAAAUCCGUCGCAAAGAGCUCGUCGUAUCUCGGGCGGCUCACGGCCUCGGGCUCGGGAAGCUUGAAGUCCGCCAGCGUCCUCUUCAUCAGCGCCAGACGCCGGCCAAUGUCCAUCAGGACAAAGGCGCGCGCGCUCUUCGCGUAGAACACCGCAGCCGGGCCGUGGCUUCCCAGCUUGGUCGUAUAGUCCUCGCCGAGCUUCUUCGCAUACUCCUCAAACUCCGCCGCGCCCCAGGCCGCAUGCUGCAACAACAGCACGAACGACCAGCGCAGGUUGUCCGGCGAGCGCGCCAGCCGGAUCUCUUCCUCAAAGUACAGCCGCGCGCCGCAGUCCUUGAGCAGGUGCGGCAAUGCUUGCUCCGCUACUUUUUCAAACGAUGGGAAGCGUUCGCCCUCGAACUCUUUGCACAUCUCGAAGCCCGCGCCCGGCCGACCAGCUGGCGCCAUGGCCUUGCAGACGCCAUGGCGGAGCAAAAUCGUCAAGAAAUAUUUCUCCCCCGUGAAGGGGUGGACGGUUCUAAACCGGACGACCCGGUCGCCAUCCGUAAAAGGGAACACAUACCACCCGCCGCCCGGCCUGCGGUCUACAUGGUAGUCGACGCCAUCCCGCGGGUCCGCUCUUUCCACUUUCUGGCCCAAACGUCUGGCGAUUUUGUAUGUCGUGAGAUAGUCCAGCAUGGCCAGGUCUUUCAAUUUUUCCGGCCGCGCGAAAUAGGUCUCCACGUCACCCAGCGAGCCAUUCUUCCGGACGUUCUGCGCCUUCCCAUUCUUGAACGUCACGGCAGCGUCUUCCGGGAGCUGCACAUUGACGAUCGUCACCCCGGGCCAGAGCUUGACGCUCUCAAAUUGCAUGAUCCUGCGCGUCGCCUCCAUACUGGACAAAUACCGGGCGCGCCGGUAGGCCUGAAUUUGGUCGCCAUCAGUCUCCUCCAGGGCGGCAAAGUAUUUGGCUUUGUCGUUGCCCUUGAAGCAAUACCCGAAGAGAUAGCAGACCACUGUCGAGGUGCUUGCGAUUUUUGUAUUUGCGUGGCCAUCCCAGAGCACCAGGAUGCGCUCGCUUACUUCAACCGACAGGAGGUCCUCUUUUGUGCGCCGCCGAUACUUCACGUAGCCAGUAUUUGGGUCCGUCGUUGUCUUGCGCUCCAAGUCCUGCGGGUAUUUCUUCUUGCACUUCUUGACCAUCUCGCGGCACUUUUUUGGGUCCCGGUCGCAUUGGUGGGCCUUUGUGAGGCACAGCGCCGCGCAUUUGUGCUGCAUCUUGGCCGCGAAGAUUUUGCGCCCUAGCUCCGACCUUAAUUCCGAAGCCUCCGCCGUGACAAAUUUAUCUAUCUCAUGAAGCUCCAGCGCAGAAUGAAGACGGGAAUUGUCGACGCGGAUGAGUAGGUGGGCGUGGGGAUAUCCCCUUUUCUGCCAUUCGAUGACCGUCACGAUGUAGAUCGCGCGGCCCAGCGGGCUGCCGUCGCCCCUCAGAAUCUGCAAAAACUUCAGCAGCUUCGCCCAAAAGAUUUGCUCCACGAGGAUGGGGUCGCUCGCAGCUUGCCGCCCCGGCCGGAGGUUUUGCACCACCUCCGGCCAUUCGGGGUUGACGGUAAGAGUCACGAAAAACGUGGGGCGGCCAAACUUCGCCAUGAGGAAAAGAGCGUCGUCGAGCUUCUUGCGGAACCAGUUCUGCGACUUCGUGAACGAAUCAGAAAGGACGACGCGACCGCUUGGCGCCUGCGCGUCCGGCACAGCGGCGGCGCCUGCCUUGGCUUUUGCGAUUUUUCGCUGCUUUUCGAUUUCGGCGUAGUAGUUGAGACGCUCGUCCUCGUGGCGGCUGUAUUGGUCCACAAGCCACUGCUGGCCAAGGGCAUGCAUGUCCCGGAGUCUCUCCUCGCGGAAGACUUUCGCGCGAAGAUGCUCCAGCAAGGACUCGCGGUGGCCCUCCGAGUGUUGCCAGCGGCCGUAGCCGUUCGGGUCCUUUUUGUCCGGAACCUGCACGCGCCCCCAUCCUGCAACACCAAAGAAAUUCAGCAAGGGGUAGCCGAGCGGCUCAUAAAGCUGCGAAAGGGCGGGGGCGGUUGUUGUCUUGCCGUCUAGCUUCGUUGCGACAAGGACGCGCGGCGCGGCGAAGUCCUGCUGAAGAUCUAUCACGGCCGCAACCUCUUCGGCCUGGUGCUUUUUCUGGAAAAAUAUCUUAAAAUCCGCGCGGCCCUCCUGCUCCUUUUCCUGAUACUCUCCGGCGAUUUGCUGAAAUGAUUGAAAAACGGAAUUGGAUUCCAGAAGGGUGCGCUCCAGGUUGUCGAACUUCGCGCGCCCCAAAGCCUGGGCCAUCUCGUCGCGUCGCUCUUCCCUGAGCGCCAGCUUGCUCUGCGUGUGCCGGUAGAGGCCCGCACUGAGGUGCCACACGAGCGGCGAGUGCUCGCUCUCAUGGUCGGGCGGCAGGACGCGGAAAUAGGUCUCGCCCCGGAUUUUGUACGCCGACUUCGGCCCCGGCAUGCCUUUGGUCGUCUUGCCGUCCUCGCUGGUCUGCACAUCAAGGCGGGCCCCGUCCCCAGCGAUCCCGAAGCUUGCAACUGCGUAGUGGUGGUUGAUGCGGAUGCUGAAGUCGCCCCAUUUCUUAUCCUCGAACAGGCGCGCAACACUCUCCGGCAGUGGCGCCCAUUUGCCCGGAUAGUCAACCGCCUUGCCGGCUCGGCAGCAACUCGUCCGGGCCGUUUCCAGGAAAAAGCUCGCGCCGCAAUGUUUGCAGGCGGCGCAGGUGGAAAUCGAAAUUGGCUGCACGCCGAGAACCUGGCGCGCCUCUGCAACCAGGCGGGCACGCUCCGUCCGCUCCGCGGUCGCAUCAGCGGCGGCGGCCCGUUUCUUUGCAUUGGCAGCGACCCAGGUGCGCGUCUGUUUGUGGACAGAGAUCCCGGGGGGCUUCCCUUUCGGCCGCGGCUUUCCUUCUGCCUCUGCCUUCGCCGCUGCGGUGGCCGCAGGGUUUUGCAACAUUGGAAGGACCGGGCGACGCCGUUUCAAUGCCGGCGCCGCGCUUUCGUCGGAUUCCGGGUCGCCCGUCGCCGCCUCUUCUCGCGGGGGGCCAGGGGCUGGGAAAUCAGGGAGGCGCGGCCGCGGCUUUGGUUGCUGCGGCCCCUCGGGUCCCAACGCUUGGCCUACCGACCCACACCCGUCGCCCUCUUCCCCGUCCUGUGAUUCUUCGCCACCAUGGCGCGCCGCCGAGGAUGCGGCCUGGCCCUCGUCCUCCGUGCUUUCAUACAUCCAAUCAUCUGCAAAGCGCCCCAGAGCUGGCUGGCGCGGUGUCGUUGCGUCCGGGUCGGUCAGGUCCUCGGCCAUUUCGAUGCCGUUGAAGGCCUCGAGCGAAAAGUCUGCGCACCUGGGCACGAAGUGAUCGUCGUCGGGAUCAUCUUCGGCGCCGCAGCUACUGCCCGGGGGCCCGCCACCGCCUUCCCCGUCUCCGCCAUCACACUCCUCGCACAGUAGGUCAUCCGACGGCCCCGUGGGCCCCCCCGGGUUUCCCGGGCUGCCUCCGCUUUGGCUAGCACCGGCCGGGCUGCCCGUCGGCAGGUCCGGAAGAGUCGGCCGCGGCUUCUCCCCAGUGGAGCUGCCGGCUAUUGUGUGGUAGCCCGGUCUGGCGUUUGGUGCUUCCCCCAGCGUUGUCCUUGGGGCGAACGGAUUUGCCGGCCAGCCACACUCCAUGUCCACCAGCGCGAGAUCAUCGGAGGCAACCAACGCACCCGGUGGGCCGAGGCCGGGGCGAGCUGGGCAGGUAGGCCCCGCGGCGAUAUUCUCGAACCCCCGCAAACGAUUCCCAAUCUGGAUAUGGAUGUCAGCGCUGGCGCCGCGCCCGGGGCCCUGCGUGCCCGGCGGGGUUGUUUCGUAGGUGUCGCCCCAAUGAAGGAAGAAAGACGCCGGCGGGCCGGCGGGUUGCCCUCCGGCGCCUUGCUUAUCCGGCGGGCCCUUCUCCUCGUGGCCGCCUGCCAGAGCUGCAAGCCGGGCGAGCACGCGAAGGGCCGCCGCGAUGGUCAUUCUUUCAAUGCGGCCGGGCGGACAAGAUAACUCCAACGGUUUGGCGAGUGUCUUUGUGAAUGUAUGCUAUGGGCAGUCUCUUUGGCACACAAUCCAAGCAGGCACCUGGCAAAUGCGGCACACAGACGCAUCCAUCUCGCUCAACUUAAUUGCUGGGCAAUUCAAAGACCUCGGUAAACCUAUGCCGGAGAAACAGACCAGACACACUUCAACGGGAUCGGCCCCCAGUAGUCAGAAAAGCAAAAAAAUCACAAAAGCCGGAAAAUUUUCGCGCUUUUAAGUUUUCGCAGGGUUUUUGCAGUUCUUGCAGCCGCUCGCUGGUGCGUUUUCUUUUUCUGGUUGUGUGUCUUGGGUUUGUGGGUUGGGCGGGAAAAGCAGGCUUGGGCGCAAGGGAUUGGAGUGGGGCCGGCAGAGGGAGCCCAUGUUUCAACGGGAUCGGCCCCCAGUGUCAUCAAAAGCAAAAAAAUCAUGAUCCCCGCAAAAAAAUUAAAAAAAAGCGGCGGCGCCCUGUUUUUCCUGCGCCCGGGGUAGUCUGGGGCGUUUUCUUCGUUCGCCUCUUGGCCCGAAGGGUCCCGGAGGUCGGCGGCUUCCUUGGGAGUUCUCCGGUCGUUGGUGUUUGGUUUUUUUUAUGCGACAAAAAAUCUCAAAAAUCCGGCGCCUGAAAAAACCAAUGGGAUUUUGCCUAUAUGAGAAAAAGAGCCUCGAAUUAAUCUUGCGACAAAAAAUUUCGGGCAGUUUUCUCUUGGUUCAAAUUCCCAUUGGUUUUCACAGGGCCGGUUUUUAUGCGACAAAAAAUCCGGCUUCGGUAUACCAUGGGGGUGUCGACCCCCUGUCGACCCCCUGUCGCAAAAUUAAUUUUAUUUUGCCCGUUUCUCAUGUUUUGCUUGUGAUUUUGGGUGGUCUGGUGUUUUUGUGCCUCGGGGUCGGCGUCCCCAAGACACCCAAUUUUUAUUUUUUGUCGCAUCGGUGUCGCAAAAUUAAUUGUCUUUUGUCGCAAAAUUAAUUCCCGACUCUUUUUUCUUUAUGGGGGUGGCAGGAUAUUUAGGUCGGGUCCACCCCGCAGCAGUGUGUGGACCGCAGGGCACACACCCCCACAGGGCUCAUUGGUGUGGAGUUCUAGCGGGGCGUGGCAGGCCAUCCCAUCUUUCUGGUGUUUGCGAAUUCGCGUCCUGAUUUCCUGACCACAUUGAAAGGGGUGUUUGGGUGUGGGGCUUCCCUUGUUCCUUUCGCUUCCAGCUUUCCCUGCCUUGUUGGGUGUUUCAACUCUUUUCCAAAAAAUUUUUUUUGGAAAAAGAGCAUGGGAGUUAUGAUUUUUUUUCCGCCGAGUCCAUUGGGGCCCGAUCCCGUUGACAUGUUGCCGGUGUGUGCUUCGGGAUGGGAGAGGGAUGUUGGGUGGGAAAGUUUUGGGUGGGCGAGUGGCCAAUUAAUUCUGCGACAAAAAAUCGCCUUUGUUGCGACAAAAAAUCUGAAAUAAUUAAAAAAAAUCGGCUCUCGGCCGUGGUUUUUUUUUUCUUAGGGAUUUCAGGAAGAACCCGAAAAAUGUCGCACCCGUGUCGCACCGGUGUCGCACCCGUGUCGCACUCAUGUCGCAAAGAAGGCAACUUUUUGGCGCAAAUUUAUUCGGUUUUUUUCUUUUUUUUCGGUGAUGUUGUGUUUGCCCGAACAAAAGUUGCGUGCUCGAUUUCAUGUGGCGCAGUUCUUCGAAAACCCCGGAGCCCACAGGUCCGCAGCCUGUUGACAAAGCCCCGGCGUUAUUUUAGGGCCUACAGAUUUCCUAUCGAGCGAGCCCCGGCGGAGUGGUUUGGCACAAUAGGGCGGCAGUGCAAAAAUUUUUUUUUUCGUUUUUCUUUUGGGAUUCGUGAUUUUUUUAUUUCCGGGCCCAUUGGGGCCCGAUCCCGUUGACACACUCACCCAACAAGCUCACUCAGCUUGCUGCACAAUUAGCAGACUCGCUCACCGUGGGAAACCUGGGCCGGAGAAACAGACCAGACAGACUCAUCCAUCUCGCUCAGCUUGCUGGACUACUCAAAGACCUUGGGCAGCCUGUGUCGGAGAAAUAGACCGGGCGGACUCAGCCAUCUCCCUCAGCUUGCUGGACUACUAAAAGACCCCGGAAAACCUGCGCCGGAGAAACAGACCGGGCAGACUCAUCCAUCUCGCAGAACUUGCUGGACUACUAACAGACCUCGGGCAAACCUGUCUCGGGGAAACAAACCAGCAAGACUCAUCCAUCUCACUCAACUUGGUGGGCUAGCUACUAGCAGACCUUGGAAAAUAAACCUGCGCCGGAGAAACAGACCAGCCAGACUCAUCCAGCUCGCCCAACUUGCUGGACUACUAACAGACCUCGGAAGGGAGGCCGGUGCUGGAGAAAUAGACCGAGCAGACUCACCCAGCUCGCUCAACUUGCUGGACUACUAGCAGACCAUGGAGAACCUGUCUCGGAGAAACAAACCAGAAAGACCCACCCAUCUCACUCAACUUGCUGGGCUAGCUACUCCCAGACCUUGGAAGACUCAUCCAUCUCGCUCAACUUGCUGGACUACUAACAGACCUUGACAAAGAAACCUGCGGCGGAGAAACAGACCAAGCAGACUCAUCCAGCCGCUCAACUUGCUGGACUACUACCAGACCGGGGAAAACCUGUGUCGGAGUGAGAAACAGACCAGACGGCCGCACCCUCCUCGCCCAACUUGCUGGACUACUGACAGACCUGGGAAAAUAAACCUGGCCCGGAGAAACAAACCAGAAAGAUUCAACCACCUCGCUCAACUUGCUGGACUACUUACAGAGCUUGGAAAACCUGUGCCGGAGAAACAGAUCAGGCAGACUCAUCCAUCUCGCCCAACUUGCUGGACUACUCACAGACCUUGGAAAACCUUUGUCGGAGAAACAAACCAGAAAGACUCAUCCAUCUCACUCAAAUUGAUUGCCUAACUACUAACAGACCUUGGGCAACCUGUGUCGGAGAAACAGACCAGGGAGCCUGAUCCAUCUUGCUCAACUUGCUGGACUACUAACAGACCUUGGCAAAUCUGUGUCGGAGUGAGAAACAGACCAGAUGGCCGCACCCCUCUCGCCCAACUUGCUGGACUACUAACAGACCUUGGAAAACCUGUCCCGGAGAAACAAACCAGAAAGACUCAUCCAUCUCGCUCACCUUGCUGGACUACUAACAGACCGCGGAAAACCUGCGUCGGAGAAACAGACCAGGCAGACUCAUCCAUCUCGCCCAACUUGCUGGACUACUAGAAGACCUAGGAAAACCUCUAUCGGAGAAACAAACCAGAAAGACUCAUCCAUCUCACUCAAAUUGGUGGCCUAACUACUAACAGACCUUGGAAAACCUGUGUCGGAGAAACAGACCAGAGAGCCUGAUCCAUCUUGCUCAACUUGCUGGACUACUAACAGACCUUGGCCAACCUGUGUCGGAGUGAGAAACAGACCAGAUGGCCGCACCCCUCUCGCCCAACUUGCUGGACUACUGCCAGACCUUGGAAAACCUGUCCCGGAGAAACAAACCAGAAAGACUCAUCCAUCUCGCUCACCUUGCUGGACUACUAACAGACCUUGGAAACCCUGUGUCGGAGAAACAUGCCCGGCCUCGUGCUUUCGGCGUGCAGGAAAGCUGCAAAAGUUCUGGCGUGCUGUCUAUGUUCGUGUGGCCCAUCCUUCCAAGGGUGGGAAGGUCGCCGCACGGGGACUCUGUCCCCGUGCUCGGACCUUGUUUGUAAUGCAUAAAAUGCAAGGCAUGAAGUGCCUGCUUUGCCGGGAUGGCAAGUGAGGCAGAUUGUGAGCCUAUUUAGGGUCUGGGAUAAAGCUGCUCAAGGAGCAUGAAUCCCGUCCGCAGGGGGCCCCCGCCUGUCCGCCUCCCGCCUCCGCAGGGGGCCCCCGCUCCUCUCCCGGGCCGCCCGCCUGGGGUCGCAGGGGGCCCCCGCUCUUCUCCCGGGCCGCCCGCCUGGGGUCGCAGGGGGCCCCCGUCCUUCUCCUCGGUAAAUCCCUCCCGCCCGCAGGGGGCCCCCGCCCUUCCGCCUUUGCUGCAUCAAGGGGGCCCCCCGCUUUCCUCUUCUCCGCACGUGUGUUGCCGCAGGGGAACUCCCCGCCUUCCUCUCCUGCCCGCAGGGGGCCCCCACCACUGGAUGUGUAUCGACUGGCUGCGUAUCGCUAUCGACCCGCAGGGGGCCCCCACCAUCGUGUCAGUUCGCCUGGAUGUGUAUCGACAUUGCAAAAGUAUCGUGCCCGAACUCGUAGAAGUGGUAAAAAUCCGAUGAAAAGUACUACAGUGCGCGAUGAAGAAUUGAAGAGCGUGACAAGAAAUAAUUUGACUUUUCCUUCCGAAAAAACUUGCGACGCAGUUCCUACGACGAGAGUUUUGCAAUGCAUAUUGUGCCGCGCCAUCUGCGAUUCCAUUCCAGAGUGCGUCGGCUUUUCUGUGUCGCGCAAGAAGCACGCGGGAGAGCAGCGGGAAAACUUCGCUUUCGAACUGUGCCGGCCGAAAGCGGUGAACACGCAAGGCAGCACGGGGUGGGUGACCGAGGGCAUCGCGUCCGCCUUCUGCGUCGAGAGGUCGUGCAUCGACCACACGGACGUUACCGGCGGCCACAUCCAAAAUUUUAUGCAAGAAAAAAACUGUGUAGGUGUAACUCUGUACUAGUGCAGAACAUGCAAUAGAGUUACACCUGUGCCUGUCAUGCCACACAUCGUGUGGCAUAAAGUUAAAGUCCUCUUUUCAUGUGUGAUGCUUUCCCUUACAAGCCGCGCAUGACAGGUUUUCUCUGUCAUGUAGAGCAAAUUUGUGAUGCAGUCAGCCGAAGAAAGGUACACUUACACAGUUUUUUUCUUGCAUAAAUCUGCCCGAAAAGCUACAAGCGAAAAUCUUGCCAGUAGACCAGCAAACCGCAACCGGCAUUGUAGGGCAGGGGGAGGAGCUCUGUAUCUACGAUAGUGUGAUUGACGACGGGUCGAACACGAAUCCCGACGAUGCUACCGACAUUGACAAUAUCUUCACCGAGGAGGACCCUCACAAUUUCGAUUGGCAAACGAACCCUAAAUUCCCCAACAACCCGCGCGAUCCGAGUGAUCCUUUGUAUGAUCCCAACACCCAAGAGUGUCAGGAUUGGCAGGCCAUUGACCGGGUGGACUACCUCUUCGGGGAUCUGUGCAACAUCAAAUUGGAAGUGGUCACCUCCGCAGGGUUCAACACCGGCACCACCACUACGUUGCUGCCCACCUGGCGGGAAAUAAUGCAAAUCCACCCGGGGAAUUACGACGUGACGGGCAUGGGGGGGGAGGACAAAGUCAUGGACAAAGUGAUGAUCACAACCAGCAGUCAGACCUGCGCGAACGCCUUGAAAUACAUCGAAGAAAAGAUGCGCACGCCCCUGCUCAACGCCUAUCCGACGCACAAGGAAACCAAUCCGGGUUCCGUAUCGCAAGAGACACAGCAGCUGAAGCAGGACAUCAUCAACUACUACCGGGGGAAGCAGACAGACGGUAACAACGGCCUCAGAUUCAGUGUGUUUAUGGAGCACCUUGAUACGGC